AUGUCUGAAUUCAUGGAUCAGUCGACCAAGGGCACCCAGCCCAUGUUCCCAACGGGCAGCGAGGAUUACCGUCCUUCUGCCGAGCCUCACAUCAACACGUCUCGGGCUUUGGACCCUCACACCUCCAUUGAAGACUACAGCCGGGUGAUGCUACAGUAUACUCAGAACCGGAUGUCUGGUUUCGCUCGCCUGGACGAUGACAAGGGGUCGUCCGGGAGUCGCAGUGGCAGCGACACUGGAAACGAAAGCGGCGACUCUGCCAGUGGCGUGCUGGCACGUCAAGCCGAUGGCCGCAACUCCACCGCUCGUUCUAGCAGCGCCUCCCUUAGCAACCCCCCUCUCAGCAAUGGAGAGAAACUCAACUCAAUCAAGGACCAACCCUAG